AUCGGCAUAUCACUUCGCGGCUUGAGCUGUUUAGUCGCUGAUAAAAAAAAAUAUAUUGUUUAUUCCGUGUCAUCCGCAUCGAUGUCUGUAAAUGUAAAGCUUAUUUUUGUAAUUUAAAAUGGGUUGAAAAUUAAAUAAAAAAUGCUUCAGUGGAUGUGAAAAAGUGGAAAAUAAUAAAUAUAAAGAACAGUUAAGAUGUGAUCAUGGCUGCUAUUAAGACAUUAUUAGUCAUAACAUUUUGGCUUCGAUGCACAAUAGUGUAUGGAUACGAGUUUAUAUCACAAUAUCCAAAAAAUCAAAAUGAAUCCUUCCAAUUCAACCAUCUCGCCGUCGAUAAAGUGAGCGGCCAGGUAUACGUCGGUUCAUUGAAUUCGCUGCAUCAGCUCAGCCCAGACCUGAAGCCGAUACAUGUCGUACAGACCGGACCGAAACUCGAUAAUCCCAGUUGCCAUGCGAGCGGUUGCCCUUCGACGGAUAUUCAAACGACAUGGACCGAUAACGUGAACAAGAUUCUAGUGAUCGACCAAGAAGCGAGGAUCGUGAUAGCUUGCGGAUCAGUGGCUCAGGGUUCAUGUUUUAAGUAUAAACUCGGUGAUCUUUCGGCGGACCCUGAUUUUGUAGCCGAGAGUGUCGCAGCGAACGACGCUGAGGCCUCCACUUACGCGUUUAUCGGCCCCGAACGAUACAACUCUUGGGAUCGCUCCAACGUGUUGUAUGUGGGCACUACCUUCACUAACAUCGGCGAGUACAGGCACGAUGUUCCGGCGAUAUCCAGCCGAGAUCUCAUGACAUUGCAGCUAGCCCAGUUCACAUUCUCCAAACAAAGCUUAAUACAAAUAGAUGUUAAAUACAGGGACAAUUUUCUGGUGCAAUAUGUGUAUGGAUUUAAUGCUAGUGACUAUGCAUACUUUCUCAUCAUACAGAAACACUCUCAUCUUGCUGGCAAUGAAGAGUUGGGGUAUGUGUCACGCUUGGCUCGCACUUGUGUUAACGAUGAUAAUUACAACAGCUAUACUGAGGUAACUUUGGAGUGUAAUGUCCGAGAAGAAAAUAGCGGUAAGAUAGAAAUUGUCAAUUAUAAUUUAGUACAAGAUGCUAAAAUAGCAAAAUCUGGUAUUAAUUUAGCUACUCAGUUUGGAAUAGAGACUGGUGAUCCCGUACUUGUAGUAUCCUUUAGUCCAUCCAAAGGGAUUACUAAUGAGCCGACUGCAAAAUCUGCUAUCUGUGUAUAUUCAUUACAAGAAAUAGAUAUUAAGUUUAAUGAAAAUGUGCACAUGUGUUUCAAUGGUAGCACUAAGGCUCGUAACAUGGGUUAUAUCUCAGGCAUGAUUUCAGAUGGUAAAUGUCCUAGUGUGGGCUCUACUGGUAACAUUCUUAAUUUUUGUGAGGUUGGUCUCAAGAUAAGUGGUCUUUAUCCCAUCAAGUCAAUGGCUGUCAUUUAUUGGAAUGAUACUUUGAUCACUUCUGUUACUAUGUCUGUGACUGGUUUACACACUGUAGCGUUUUUGGGUACCAGUGAUGGAACUUUAAAGAAAGUUUUAAUAGAUACUGAAAAGGCAUUGCAAUAUUCAAGUGAGGCUUUACUGCCUAGUCAAAAAAUUUUGCCAGACACAACCCUGUCACCAUAUGGUAGAACACUUUACAUAUUAGCAAAAAAUACAAUAGUUCAGAUACCCACUGAAAAAUGUGCAGAACAUGGCAACUGCUCUUCUUGUUUAGAGUCAAAUGAUCCCCACUGCGGUUGGUGUUCUUUAGAAAAACGAUGUACUGUCCAAAGCAUGUGUCAAAAAGGCACUCAGAGUGCCCCCAGGUGGCUAUCACAGUACACUGGACAGCAAUGCAUUGAUUUUGAACAAAUUUUACCUGACAGAAUAUCAAUGUCUGAAGUGACUACUGUUCAAUUAAUUAUUAGAACUCUACCAGAACUUCCAUUUGGGGCCAAAUAUAAAUGUGUCUUUGGAAAUGCUCCUCCUAUAGAUGCAGCUGUAACAUCAAGUGGCCUAGCGUGUCCUACGCCAGAGAUAAAACACAGACCUAAAAUAACACAAAACCAAGACCACAUUUAUGUGCCUCUUUCUGUGCACUCUUCAGAAACAAAUAAGGAUUUUGUUUCUCGCAAUUUUGCUUUCUAUGAUUGCUCAAAGCACAUUACAUGUCAUACAUGCAUCACAAGUGAGUGGGCUUGCAAUUGGUGUAUUUAUGACAAUAAAUGUACUCAUGAUAUAUCUGUGUGUCAGAGGACCAUUAUUAGCGGUGAAAAUAAUCCAACAAAAUUACUUAAUCAUGGCAUUGGACACUGUCCUAGAAUUAGACAAUACAAGAAACCAAUCUUAUUACCAAACAAUGUACCAAAAGAAUUAGAGCUGGAAGUUGAGAACUUGCCUCACUUACAGCCAGGUCACACAGGAUUCCAAUGCAUUGUCAGUAUUGAGUUGGCUAAUAUGAUUUUACCAGCAAGAGUUGAAUCCAAUCAUUUUAUUGUAUGUGACAAAACAAUGUACUCAUAUGAAGAAGAUGUGGGAGAGUAUAACAUAAGUGUUAAAGUUUUUUGGAAUCAUAAACAUUAUAUUGACACUAUAACUAUAACUUUGUACAAAUGUGAAAUUCUAGGAUCCCACAGAGAUCAUGCUGAUUGUUCUCUUUGUAUUACGAGAAACUCUGUAUACCAAUGCACAUGGUGUGGAAAUUCCUGCUCUUACAGUGAGUCUUGCUUAGAUAAUCCUGUUACUGAGUGUCCUAAACCUCGAAUUGACAUGAUAAAACCACUGAGUGGACCUAUAGAAGGUGGAACUUUAGUAACAAUAGAAGGCAGUAAUUUGGGUUUAAGAGUUGAAGAAGUAACUGGAAAAGUGAGAAUUGGUGAUGUACUUUGUGACAUUGUAGACUUUGAGGUAUCUGUCAGCAUAACUUGCAAAACAGGUCCAUCAAAUGGUUCAAUAGUUGCCCCAGUCAUUGUACAAAAUGAUGCAGGAUAUACAGAAUCUUCUGUAUUGUUUAGUUACAAAAAUAUCAAAUUGCAAGGAGUUUAUCCUUCAUUAGGUCCCGUUUCAGGAGGAACUCAAUUAGCUAUUGGCGGUCAACAUCUCAACAUUGGAUCAGCAAUAUCUGCAUAUUUAGACGAACUUUCAUGUUCUGUAAAUACAACUCAGACUUCAAACAGCAGAUUAAUAUGCAUUACACCAAAAGCAAAUACUCCUCAUAUUAUUCAUACAUUGACAGUAUCCAUAGAUAAUGCUAACCGUACCUUAUAUGGAGACUUAUUUAAUUAUACAGCUGAUCCUACAAUUAUGGAGAUAAAACCUUUAAAAAGUUUUGUAUCUGGUGGAAGAAUGAUUACAGUUCAUGGGACAAACUUGCAUACAAUACAAAAACCACUUAUAAAAUUAUAUUAUGGCAAUGAACAGGUACCUGUUAAUGCUUCAGCUUGUGCUGUACUUAAUUCAAAUCAAAUGGAAUGUCCAAGCCCUGCUGUAAAUAAAAAGUAUCAUGAAAUAAUUCAAGCAACUAAAUCCCAAACAAGUACACCACAAGUUGCUAUGAAAGUAGGUUUUGUGAUGGAUAAUGUAGAAACUAUGCAUGAUUUGGAAAAGUACUUUAAUCCACCCAGAACUCAUAUGGUAUUCGUUGAGGAUCCCCAUGUUUAUCAAUUUCCAAAUAGGAUUAAGUCUUAUAAAGGUGAUCCAUUAGUGAUAGAAGGCGAAAACUUAAUCAGAGCAAGUGACGAAACUGAUGUAAUUGUUACUAUUGGUACUCAGUCAUGUAAUGUCACAAGUUUGACUAUGCAACAACUACUGUGUACCCCACCUGAUACACAACCACCUAACACUGACGAGAACGGUUUUCAAAUAACAGAUAUUAAUUUACCUUUGGUAGUUGUAAAAAUUGGCAGAAAUUUGCGAUUCCCAAUAGGAUAUUUACAUUACGAAUUACUUAGAAACUACAACUUUCCUCCUGAAGCUAUAGCAGGUAUUGCAGUAGGAACCUUCAUUUUGGUCCUCAUAUUUAUGAUUGUUUUAGUAAUGUAUAGAAGACGAAGUACAAAAGCGGAAAGAGAGUAUAAAAGAAUACAAAUUCAAAUGGAUACAUUAGAAAGCAAUGUAAGACUAGAAUGCAAGCUAGCUUUUGCAGAACUUCAAACCGAUAUGUCGGAUUUGGCAGCAGAUUUAGAACAUUCAGGCAUUCCAACCUUAGAUCAUGUAAAUUAUGUUAUGAAAGUGUUCUUUCCCGGAGUAUCUGACCAUCCUAUAUUAAACGUUCAACAUCAGUUUAUAAAUACGCCUCGGACUAAUUACGAUGCUGCUAUGGUUCAGUUUGAACAGCUAUUAAACAAUAAAUGUUUCCUUUUGUCUUUUAUAGACACAUUAGAGGCCCAAAAAUCAUUCAAUAUUAGAGAUAAAGUAAAUGUUGCGUCUUUAUUGAUGGUAAUUUUGAUGGGCAAAAUGGAAUAUGCUACAGAUAUAUUGAAGUCGCUACUUCUACGGCUCAUCGACAAAUCAGUGUGCACAAAGCAUCCGCAGCUAAUGCUGAGGAGAACUGAAAGUGUGGUUGAAAAAAUGUUGACAAACUGGAUGGCAUUAUGUAUGUAUUACUAUUUGAAAGAUUAUGCAGGUUCAUCACUCUUUUUACUGUUCAAGGCAAUCAAACACCAAAUAGAAAAAGGAGUUGUUGAUGCUAUAACCCACGAAGCUCGAUAUUCACUGUCUGAAGAAAAGCUUCUGAAAGAACAAAUAGAUUAUCAAGUAGUUACUUUGCAUAUAGUGCAAGACGAUUUUGAUGAUAAAGUACAAUGUAAAGUUUUAGAUUGUGAUAGUAUAUCACAAGUGAAAUCUAAAAUAUUAGAUUCUUUGUUUAAAAAUACCCCGUUUAGUAUGAGGCCGUCCGUCCAUGAUGUUGAUUUAGAGUGGAGACAUGGAAGAGGUGGCCAUGUAACUCUACAAGACGAAGAUCUCACAACGAAAACUCUUAACGGCUGGCGAAAAUUGAACACCUUAGCUCAUUACGGCGUUAAGGAAUCCGCAAUUAUGUCUUUGAUAUCGCGACAGAAUGACAGUUUCAACACGCCUUAUAAGAUUCCUUGCAAAAAUUGCACAGGAAUAUACUGUUCUAAUUCUCAUAUAAGAGUUUAUAAAAGUGACAUAAGUGAUCAAAAUGUACACUAUUACCAUUUAGUUAAGCCUAUCGAAUACCAACAUAUAGUGAACAAGUCUUCUGAACAUAGUCAUAAAGCUAUCCCUGAAAUAUUCCUCACUCGCCUAUUAUCUACGAAAGGUACUGUCCAUAAGUUUGUAGAUGACUUUUUCAGCACUGUGCUAACAGUAAAUGAAGUUUUGCCGCCUGCUGUGAAAUGGCUAUUUGAUCUUUUCGAUGAUGCGGCCCGAGCACAUGGCAUUAUAAAUCCCGAAGUAGUUCACGCCUGGAAAUCAAAUAGUUUGCCUUUAAGAUUUUGGGUGAAUCUAAUAAAAAAUCCCGAUUUCAUAUUUGAUAUAAAUAAAACUGCAACAGUAGAUUCCUCUUUGUCUGUGAUUGCUCAAACUUUUAUGGAUGCAUGUUCAUUAUCGGAGCAUCGAUUGUGUAAAGAUUCGCCAUCCAACAAGUUACUCUUCGCAAAAGAUUUGCCAACCUAUAGGGAUAUGGUUAUACACUUUUAUCAAGCAGUGUCUCAAUUACCUCAAGUAUCCGACCAAGAGCUAAGUACUUCUAUGCAGCAGCUUUCAGUCGAACAGUUGAAUGAGUUCGAUACUCUAUCGGCUUUAAAAGAAUUGUACAUCUAUGUCAGUAAAUAUAGAGAACAAAUUAUAUUAGGUUUAGAAAACAAAAUGCACUUAGCUCAUAAAUUAGAUAAUGUAGCGUGCACUUUGGAAGGCGAUCCUGCAGCUGUAUGCUGACUAUAUGAUAAUUUAAGUUAUGAUUUAAUUGCAUUUACGUAAUUAAUUUAUACAACACAAAUUUUGUACAAAGAGCUUUAAUUUAUUCUGAAAAGGAAAAUACUCAGACAAAACAGAUUUUGUAAAAAGACUGUAAAAUAUCAGUUCCGAGACUAGUGUAAAAGUAUCUAAAUUAUAUACAGUUACUGAAGGGGAUAUUAUUAGACUUAAGAAUAAAUAAUUGUAAGCAUGUUUCAUUACAUCACAACCUGAUUUCAAUGAUUUCCGUCUAAUGAAACUAGUAAUAGUAUUGAUUGGGUCUGUUAAUGAACUUUCCAAAUCCCAGUGGCCAUGUUUUAUUAUGGAUGUAUUUAUAAUUUUGUAGAUUAAGAUUACAUGCUCUCUAAGAAAGACUUGAUUUUCCUAAAGUGUUUGUUCUGGCACUGGUAUGGAUACUUAUAAUGAUGUAAAUUUAUUGUUCUAUGCAACUAAAAUACUUAAUAUUGAUGUGUAAUACUGUAAGAUGUAUGUGUAAAGAGAAAUAGUUUAAGAAAAAUGUUGUGAUAUUUGUAUUUGGAAUAUUUAUAUCUCUUCAUAUAUAUACGUAUUAAUUUUAUGAACUAUAAUUUUUUAUUAGAAUUUUUAUGCAAAUUCAAGUGGCCUAUCCAGAUUAGGGUAAGCCAUAAUACAAUUUUGCAUCACAAGUGUAUUAUUUAAUUCUUAUGAAAUAUACGCAUUUUAGCUCCGUUUUUUAUGUUCCAAAGUAUUUAUUGUAUGUAGUAAAAAUUUCUAGAUACUGCGCAGACGUACUGUACG